AUGACCAGUAUUACAAAAGGGGAGACCAAGGUGAAGCAGGAGGAGGAGGAGGAGAAGAAGAAGGAGAAGGAGCAUUUAUCUGUCUCGAAAAAAAAAAUUGACAAGCAGGAAAAAAAAAAUACUGUAAUGAGAGAACAAGGGGAUAAGGAAAAGGAAAAGCAAAAGCAAAAGGAAAAAAAAAAAAAAAAAAAAGGUACACAAAUUAAAGGAGAAAUACAAAAGGGUAAAGACAAAGUAGCAUCGAUUUAUCCUCCCAUCCCCAAAAGUAUGGAUGACAGGUGGAACGACUUUUAUAGGAUUCAAAAUUAUUCAAAAAUUACGAAUGUGUAUCUGGGGGCACACAUAUCAGCAGCAGGAGGAGUACAGAAUUCACCAACAAACUGUUUCAACGUGGCCGGACAAGCUUUUGCCUUAUUUUUAAAAAACCAGAGAAAGUGGGAUAGUCCUGCCUUUUCCGCUGCAAAUAUAAAACAGUUUGAGCAAAACUGCAAAGCAUAUAAUUUGGACCCAAAAUUUAUUCUGCCCCAUGGGUCAUACUUAAUUAAUUUAGCAAAUCCUGAUAAGGAGAAAAGAGAGAAAUCUUAUGCCUCGUUCCUAGACGAUGUGAAAAGGUGUGAACAGUUAAAUGUUAAACUUUAUAAUUUUCAUCCUGGGUCAACAACAGGGUUAUGUUCCCUCGAGGAAGGAAUUCGAAAUGUCGCCGAAUGUAUUAACAGGGUACACAAAGAAACUUCUAACGUUGUGAUAGUCCUUGAGAAUUCAGCGGGACAAAAAAAUUCUGUAGGAUCCAAAUUUGAAGACUUAAAAAAAAUUAUUAACCAAGUUGAAGAUAAGACAAGAAUAGGAGUCUGCCUUGAUACAUGUCACACAUUUGCAGCUGGCUAUGACAUCAGAUCAUACAAUGACUUCGAUACAGUGAUGAACAAAUUUGAUUCAGUUGUAGACUCCACCUACUUAAAAGCUGUUCACCUUAAUGACUCCAAAUCGGACCUUGGCAGUGGCUUGGACAGGCAUGAAAAUAUCGGCAAGGGAAAACUUACUCUUGAAACUUUCAAAUAUGUAAUGACUUCAAAGUACUUUAAAAAUAUUCCCAUCAUUUUGGAGACCCCAGAUGUUACCGAUGAUGAGUCGGUGUAUAAAUAUGAGAUCAGAUAUCUGUACGAGAUGGUUGUGAAGCCGUCCGGGGAGGACAGCUAG